AUGGCAUCACAUCGCGAAUUUGAAACAUUUUCUGUGCAAGAAAGCGGCACAGCAGUUGCUGCUAAAUGGAAAAGGUGGUUAAGAGGGUUCGAAUUGUACGUAAGUACGAAGAAUACUACAAAUCAGAUAAGAAAAAGGGACCUCUUACUACAUACCGCGGGAUUUGAAGUACAGGAUAUAUAUUUUUCAUUAAACCUUGACGAGACUGAUACAGAGAACGCAUACACGAGAGCGGUAGAAAAAUUGACAGAAUAUUUUGAACCAACAAAAAAUGAACCGUAUGAAAGACACGUGUUCAGAGCAUUAGCUCAAAAGACCGAUGAAACAACAGACCAGUUCAUAAUUCGUCUAAGGCAACAGGCAGAAAAUUGUGGAUUUGGGGACAUGAAGGAUCCAAUGAUCCGAGACCAAAUCAUUGAAAAAACACAAUCAAGCGAUUUAAGACGAAAAUUGCUCAAAGAAGGACGAGACCUAACCCUACAGAAGACUGCAGACAUCGCAAGAGUAUGGGAAACGUCAUACAAACAGGCCGUAGAGAUGACAGAGACGGGAAGUGUCAACAGGAUCAGCAGAUUUGGAAACAAAGCACCAGAUAGCGCCAGGGGACGAAGCGAUAGUAAAUCCCAAAGUACAGGACCACGAUGUUUCAGGUGUGGAUACACGGGACACAAAGGAACAGACAAGAACUGCCCAGCAUUGGAUAAAGAAUGUGGGAAAUGUGGGAGAAAAGGACAUUUCAAGGCUAGGUGCAAAACGAAGGAAGAAAACCUAGACGAGAAGAAAACGAGAAAGAACAACAUUCGACAAGUCGAUGAAGAAAAUACGAAAGAGCGUGAAUCAGAAGACGAAUACGCAUUUACAAUUAGAACAGUUCAGAAGAAAAGUGGAUCGGAGGACAACAUAACCCUUCAGGUCGGAGGGAUACUGAUUAACUUCAUAAUUGACUCGGGAUCAUCGUGCAAUAUCAUAGACAGAGGAGAGUGGGAAAUACUCAAGAAAAGAGGAAUACGAUGUAAGUCUUACCAAACCGCAAGAACAUUAUAUGCAUAUGGUAGCGAUAGUCCACUAAAAUUAAUGGGAGCAUUCAAAGCAGAAAUAGGAACACGAAACGGAAGUACUAUCCAAACUGAAAUAAUAGUACUAGACGGCAAAGGAGAGGCUCUACUAGGGAAAGAGACAGCCGUACAAUUGGGAGUACUUCAGAUAGGUACAAACAUCAACACAAUAGAAGAACCGGACAUUCCAAACUUCGAAGAAGAGUUCAAAAAAGGAUUCCAAGGCGUAGGAAAACUGAAAGACUAUCAGUUAGAGAUUCCUAUUAACAAAGAGAUUAGACCAGUGGCGCAACCUGUGAGAAGAAUGCCGUACAAUCUUCGAGAGGCACAGGAAUCGAUCGUUAACGAGCUAUUGGAAAACGAUAUAAUCGAAAGGGUAGAGGGACCUACACCAUGGGUGUCACCAGUUCAACUUGUACCGAAGAAAGGAAAGGGUUGGAGGAUGUGCGUGGAUAUGCGACGGGCAAACGAAGCUAUAGAACGAGAGAGGUACCCAAUUCCGACGGUAGAUGAAGUGCUACAAGAUCUGAACGGAAGUCAGUAUUUUAGUAAGCUAGAUAUUAAAUGGGCAUAUCAUCAAAUAGAACUUCAUGAAGACUCAAGACAGAUUACUACAUUUUGUACCAGCAUGGGACUCUUCAGAUAUAAAAGACUGAUGUUUGGUAUUAGCUGCGCUCCAGAGAUGUAUCACCGAAUACUGACGCAGGUGCUGCAAGGAUGCGAAGGAGUAGUCAGCUAUUUCGAUGAUAUUGUCGUGCAUGGGAAAAGUAAACAAGAGCAUGACGAAAAACUAAGGAAAACACUACAAGUACUAAUCGACAAAGGACUGACACUGAACAGCAGCAAAUGUAAGUUCAGACAAACGGAACUGAAAUUCCUAGGACAUCACCUGUCACGGAAAGGAAUAUGUCCCUCAGACAACAAUCAAAGGGAGAUAUUGGAAUUCAGGACUCCGGAAAACGCAGGGGAAACAAGGAGUUUUCUAGGAUUGGUGAACUUUUCGGCAAGAUUCAUCCCGGACUUUGCAACAGUAAGUGAACCGCUGUGGAAGCUCACAAGAAAAGAAACUCCGUUCAAAUGGGCUGAGAGACAAGAACAAGCUUUUAAAAAACUAAAGGAAAUAAUGGUAGAACCAACAGUAUUAGGAUUCUACGACAAAGAUGCGGAGACUCAAGUAAUAGCAGAUGCGAGCCCGGUGGGACUAGGAGCAGUACUAAUUCAAAAACUAAAGGAUGGACCAAGAGUAAUAAAAUAUGCCAGCAAAGCAUUAACAGAAGUCGAAAAACGAUACUCACAGACAGAAAAAGAGGCAUUGGCACUGGUAUGGGCUUGUGAGAAAUUCCAUAUGUACCUAUACGGUAAGGAGUUUGAACUAAUUACAGACCAUAAGCCUCUAGAAUUAAUAUUUGGACCUAAAUCUAAACCAUGUGCUAGGAUAGAAAGAUGGGUAUUAAGACUACAAUGCUAUAAAUAUCAAGUACGAUAUAAGCCAGGAAAGUCGAACAUUGCUGAUCCAUUAUCCAGGUUGUUAGAUACAACGAAACAGGAACCAAGAGAAAGCACAGCAGAUCAUAUUACCAGAGCAAUCAUCGAAGCAGCAGUGCCCAAGGCCAUGGACUACGAAGAAAUACGGACGGAAACAAAACUAGAUGAUGAACUCAACGAAUUACGGACUAGUCUACAAACAAAUAAAUGGGGAAAGUUUCAACGAAGAUAUGAACUCAUACAAAAUGAGUUAGGGAUCGUGGAUGACAUCAUCGUCCGAGGAACGAGAAUUAUUUUACCCAAAAGCUUAACUGGAAAAGCGCUUCAAUUAGCACAUGAAGGACAUAUUGGGAUGGUCGGCAUGAAACAAAGACUCAGAACAAAAGUAUGGUGGGCGACCGUCAAUAAAGAUGUCGAACAAUGGUGCAAAUCGUGCCACGGGUGUCAGCUAGUAGGAGCACCGGAUCCACCUGAACCAAUGACUAGACGAAAAUUACCGACACGACCAUGGGAGGUCAUCAGCAUGGAUUUCAUGGGACCAUUGCCAUCAGGUCACAACAUUCUAGUAGUCGUAGACUACUACAGCAGAUUCUUUGAAAUAGAACUGAUGAAGACGAUAACAGCCGACAAACUAAUAGAAAAGCUAAAGAUAAUGUUCGCUCGUUUUGGGAUACCUAACACAAUCAUCAGUGACAAUGGCCGAACAUUCAUCGAUCACCGACUGAAGACGUUCUUCGCAGAAAAUGUAAUACACCAUCACCAUACAACUCCAUUUUGGCCACAAGCAAAUGGCGAAGUGGAACGACAAAAUAGAUCUAUCCUGAAAAGGCUGAAAAUCGCACAAGCAACAAAUAGAGACUGGAAAGAAGAAUUGAUUACAUACCUGCAAGCCUAUCGAACAACACCUCAUUCAGUAACGGGAGUUGCUCCGGCGGAACUCAUGUUCAACAGGAAAAUCAGGUCAAAAAUACCAGAUAUCACACUCAUGACAACCCAGAACGACGACGAAGAGGUUCGAGACAGAGGUCUGCUCAAGAAAGAUAAAGGGAGAAGAGACGCAGAUGAAAAACGACACGCUAAAGAAAGCGAAAUUAAAGAAGGGGAUAUAGUAUUGAUGCAGCAACCAAAAGAAAAUAAGUUAUCGACAACAUAUAAACCGACACCGAUGAAAGUAACACAGAAGCAGGGAAACUCAAUAAUAGCUGAAACACCUGAAGGAGUCAAAUACCGAAGAAACAAUACACAAUUCAAACAGUAUGUGACUAGACCGCAAGAACCCAAGAACGAAUCAAAGGAAAUAAUUACCAAAGAAGAUACACAGCAAACCGGAGAGAACGAAAUACCAGAAACUGUCGAGGCGUCGACAUUUCAAGACGAACCACGGAGAAUGACAAGGACAACGAAGAAGCCACCCAGAUUUGACGACUAUAUAUUAAAUUAA